GGAGGGGGGGAUACACGCCCGUUGUGCAGUUGUGCAUUGCCAGUGACUGGAGGGGGCGGAUAUUUUGGGCCGGUUAUUAAACGCAAUUCGUAAAGCCGCAACCCAGGUUUGAAAAGGAAGAUGUCCAUCCCGGACACCGCCGAUUCCGAGAGGCAGCUGGCCGCCAACGAACUGCGACGCAUGGGCCUCCGAGUUCCUUGCCUCAAGGCGACGCCGUCUACGGGCAAACAGGCGACGUCUAAUGGAUGGCCGCUGUUUGGUUUGGACAUCUUGGAGCAACCACAGCAGUCUUCACACCUCGUGGCUGGAUUAACAGUGCCCUGGUUUUUAGACGAGAGCCUCCGAGUGCUCCUUUCACAUGCGUCGACUGAAGGCAUCCUGCGCAAGUCGGGCUCCCUUGCAAGACAGCGGCUGCUCAGGUCCUCAUUGGAGACGAGCGCUUCGUUGAGAAUUGCCUCGGUGGUUCUGGCAUCCGCGCCUGUGCACGACGUGUCGGGCCUCCUGAAGCAGUGGCUGCAGCUGCUGCCCGAACCUCUGCUGCCCAAGCCCCUGGUUCACUUGCUGCUCAGGUGCCAGGUGAAGCAUGGCCUGGAGGCGGUGCUGCUGGGCUUGCGCCUUUUACCGGAGGAGCGACUGGCGUGCCUGCGCCACCUCCUGGCGGGGCUUUCACAGCUGGCGGCGGACCCCCAAAGCCGCAUGGGACCGCACAACCUGGCCGUGGUCUUGGCGCCCACUCUGUGUGGCCCACCAACGGUCCAGUCGGCCAACAGGGAGGACCUGGACCGCCUGGUUUCCCUGGUGGAGGCGCUGAUUGAGGCCUCCCACCUGGUGGGCUCCUCCCCGCCACCGCUGCCUGGCCGCGAGGGCCGCAAGAAGACCUCGUCGGCGUGCCUGCUGCUGCACCAGCUGCGGCGCCUGGUGGUUCAGCGCAAGGGGCCCGGAGGCGAGAUGGACGCCGUGGUGCCGGACUCUGCCGCGCCUAAUCUCCCUCCUGGCUCCAAGCGUCGCAAGCCACGCGAGCUCCUGCCUCGUGGGCUGUCGCCUUGGAAGAGGGCAAAGCGCGAGGAAGGACUGGUGCCCAGCCGGCAGCAGCAAGCUGCCACGCCCGAGCUGCUCAACAAGCUGCGCCUGGAGGUGGCUUUGCUGCCACCAUUGCAGGUGGAGGAUGAAGCCAGCGCCAAGCUUGAAGAUACCAAGUUACCCACCAGUGCAAACCCUGCGGAAAAAGCUGUUGCAGGCCAGGAAGAGGAAAGCCCUUCCAACACUACCACACAGCCAGAGCCCACAACCACGGUGCCAGCGGUGCCACAGACCGUGCACUUUCUUCGAGGCACAAGCACCACGUCGUCGACCAAGAGCAACCUCCGGCGUGGUCGGCCCAACUCCCUUCGGUCGGGGCUGCCGUUGCGGCACGGGCCUGGCACCAGGAGGCACUCCAGCACAGGCAGCAGACCAAAGCCCCCAGUCGGCAAGGAAAACCUGGAGAGCAGUCUGCGUUUUGCUUCGCAAGAAAACUGCGUCUUCAACGCACCUGCGAUGGCACACCUUGCGGCUGUCAAGGCCCGCAGGGAAGUGUUCAUUUCGCAGCUUGUGUCCACAGGCCCAACCGGUCCAGAACAUGGUGCUCAGCUUCAUCGAGAAAGCAGUGUUAAAGUGCCACACUGUCAUCUGGAGCCAGUUGUCGAAGCACCACUCACACCUGCCAAAGAAGGGCCGAUGCAAGAUCGCGAGACUCUGCCAGCAGAGAAGCAGAAGGAGGACGAGGUUGAAGCUAUGGAUGUGGACGAUAGUCCAGACACGGACUGGGCAAACAAUGCACGAGAGGCAAGUCCAUCGUGCCCCGAGGUGAAGUCUGCUCCAGCUGUUGCCGUCUCCGACUUGCCCCCGUCUCCUGCGUUGCAUGAAAGGCACGAGCAGACGACAUUGUCGGGUCCAUUGUGCAAAAGGGACGAGCAGAUUCUGCCAUCUGCGCCCGCUAACGCUUCGGCCGCUUUCAACGACGGCUUCUGCUUCGCACUGCCGGCGGUUCCUCCCGAGCAGUCUCCCGCAAACAAGCGGGAGAGUAUAAUCCAGAUUCGCGAGCGUAACGCAGGCAUGGUGCGGAGCAGUGUGGAAGUGUUCAACAGAGCUGCUGCCGCAGUCCACGAGAGCACCGUGGUGACACGCAGCCGCCGAACGGCAGUGGCACGCAAGGGCUCCGUCACUGCAGCCAGUAGACCACCAUUGCGGGAAACAAAUUUCCGGCGUCCUGCCAGUCCGCAACCGGCUGCUACUAGGCGAGAGCGGCGCGACUGGCAAAUGGAACUCUAGGAGUCCAGGCUUUUAGGGCUUUUUGACGUCAACACUAUAUUUGCCAGUGACUACUGGAAGGGUGUUGAAGCUGCUCUUGAAGUGUCCAUGUGUUGGAGUUGUGGAUUUACAACCUGCUUGGCUUUCAAGUGGGGCAAAAUGAUAUGACAAGCGUUGUCACGUGUUGUGAUUUUAAUGGAAUGCCUCUCCUUGACUUUUUAUUUUUUAGCAUCACCUAAUGUCUGUUCAUUCUUUUAUAUUUCUCGUAAGGUCAACUCCUCAAACCCAAGCAUGCAGUAGCUAUCAACUAGGGCUAAUCAUGAUUCAGGAGUUAUCCAUUUGAUUUUAAAUGAGAGAGAGAGGGGAGUACACUAAAAUUCAAUUGGCAUGAUUUAAAUACAUGACAAUGCUUUUGUUUUUUCAAGUAUCUUGUAAUGUUCAUUCAUUCGUUCAUCCAUUCAUUCUACUUUGACACUGUAAUACCCGUGAUACAUCAUUUAGUAAUCGUGGCUAGCAAAUGUGGAUUUGCCUCUGAUAUUAAAGAGAGAAGCUGGAACAUGUUAAGAGCAUGCACUUUUAAUGACCAUAAUGCAUUCAUUUUUUUUACUAUCAUCUAUUCUGUUUCUUUUACAUUUUUAACAUCACUUUAUUACUAUAAGGCAUGCCUCAAUGUCAGCAAGUCUGUACCUGCCUCUCAGACAUGAGUGUAAACUGUGCUUUUAACUUUUUAUUACUACAUUUUGUCUAUGUGCUAAUAAAUGAUCUGUCAGUAUGAGCUGCUACUGUAAUGACCUCCCCUGAUCAUUUGUUGGCCCCUGUCGUGUUCAACCUAGCCAUCUUGCGCAAAAAUGUAUCGCGGCAGGCCAGCACUCAACUAGGCUCUAUGGUGUGGCGAAUGGAAAACUGAAGAUAUGGUAACUAAAAAAAAAUGCGCAUCCAACGAGCACGUUGGAAUCUGUGAAUUGAAGCUUCCAUAAAGCAGUUACUUAAAUGCAAUGAAACUAAAUGCGAUGUGUACAGUUGUCAUUUUCACCUAUGCCACAUGUAAUCUCGUGUAACGUUCGUUUUUUCACCAUAGCGGUCGCAACUUUAAUGGUAUGCAUUGACGUUUAUGUGCUAUGCUAUUUGCAGUCAAGCCGAAAUGCAAACAGCAGUUUAUGUGAAUGCAGUCAUCGACACUGCGAGGAUGAAGGUGUUGCUGGUCAAGGGAAAAAAAUGGCGAGGGUUGUAUGGUGAA